AUGCGUUUCCACUUGGAUGUGGCGCUCGUCCAGUUCACCCUCGUCGGGCACCUUGGCACGGCAAUGUACGUGGUGGAGCAGGACGGCCUGAUGAUACAGGACAUCUCCUCUGAGGACGAUGGCACCUACAUUUGCCGUGCCAAGGUGCCCGACGAGGGUGAACUGGACGAGCGCCACAUCCAAGUGGAGGUGCACUCGCGGCCGGAGAUCCUGGAGCCGCAGCCGGGCACGGAGGUCGAGGUGACGGAGAAGGAGGCCGGCAGCAUCCCUUGCCGGACGGCCGGCAAGCCGGUGCCGACGCGCACCUGGGUCAACCCCGACAACGCCGACGUGUCGACCGUGGACGGGCUCAGCGUCGACCCCAAGGACGGCACGCUCAACUUCGACCCGGCCAGGCGCGACAUGGGCGGCGAGUACAAGUGCAUCGCCGAGAACGCCGUCGGCCGGGUGGAGACCAGCGUCAACGUCGUGGUCAUCGUCAAGCCCGAGAUCAUCCGGUACGAGAACACGACGGUGAACGAGGGCGAGACAGCCACGCUGGAGUGUAAGGCCGGUGGCUCGCCGCUGCCCACCGUCGAGUUCCGCAAGGUCGGCAACGACGCCCGCUUCGAGCCGGGCACGUCGGCCGGCGACGACCGCAUCCGCGUCACUGAGCGGGUCGAGGACGGCUUCAAGUUCGGGACGCUCACCAUCACCAAUCUGAACCGGACGGACGACGGCCUGUACGAGUGCAUCGCCUCCAACAAGGGCGGCUUCGAGCUCAAGAACGGCCACAUCACCACCCAGUUCAAGCCAUCGUUCGUCAACUCGCCGAUCCGCGAGAUCUACUCGUGGAACAACCACCCGGUGAACCUGACCUGUGUCGCUGAGUCCAUCCCCAAUGCCACCAUCACGUGGGAGUUCAAGCGCCGGCUGCUGGAGCAGGACCUCGACAGCAACAUCCAGCAGAUCGGCAACGGCCCCACGUCCGUGCUGCGCGUGAUGCCCUCCGACCCCACGUACUUCGGCGUGUUCACGUGCAAGGCGUCCAACCUGCUGGGUCAGAGCAUGCUCGACAUCGAGCUGUUCGAGGCGACGGUACCGAGCAUGCUGACGGACGUCAAGUUCGACGAGGUGACAGCCACCACGGUCACGUUCGAGAUGAACGGCCCGGCCAGCGACGGCGGCCUGCCGCUGGUGGCCUACGCCGUGCAGUACAAGGUGGCCGGCGAGUCGUGGGACGCCAAGGAGGAGCAGCUGUGGCCGGUCGGGAGCAAUUACGUGCUGGACAACCUCAGACCCGAGCAGGUGUUCGUCUUCAGGUUUGCUGCCAAGAAUGACGUCGGCCUCAGCGAAUGGUCUGCAGAGCAGCAGAUGAUCAUGCCCAAGAGAGACGUGCCCGAGGCGCCCAUCAUCAUGCUGCCCGACUCGACGGUCCGGCCCGAGGACGACGCCAACCUGGUGGUCAAGUCGGUGUUCUCCGACUCCUACACCGUGCAGUGGCAGGCGGGCGCCAACAACGGCGAGAAGAUAGACAACUUCGAGAUCUCCUAUUACGAGGUGGCCAGCACUGGCAACGGCUGGCGGUCGCUGUCGGACAAGCGGUCGUCGGUGGUCGACUUCCCGGGCACGCACACGUUCAAGGUGUCCAACCUGAAGGCGCAGACCCACUACCGCAUCGAGCUGCGCGCCCACAACAAGAUAGGCUUCGGAAACCCGGCCGAGCUGGUCGUCCUGACGGCGCCAGGUGCACCGAGCCCGGGCGGCGACCCGACGGGCGGCGUCAGCACUACGGUCGCCUCUCCCCUCGGUAUCUCACUGCUUCUCCUGGCCGCCAUUGGGCCGUGAUGCGGCGCGCCCUGCGGCGGGCCGGGCCGGGCCGCGCCCGGCGCGCGGCCCGGCCGUGUGGACCGGUGUCGGUGUGGCCACGUAGACGCGCGCAUGUCCGGGUGUUGCUUUAUUUAUGCGGGGCAUGCUGGUUCGGGUGUGGCGCGCCCGAGACGAGUGGCGCGCGCCGCGCAGGCGCCACGCACGCGUGGGUGUUGGUGCACGCGGCGCGGACCAGGAGAGACAGCCGGCACCUGGACGCCGCCGUCGGCAGGUAGUCGCCGGACGGGGCGGCGCGCGAGCGUGGUCGGGUGUCGGUGGCCGCGCAAAGGGCCGCCGAGCCGCGGCGGCCGGCCGCUCCGGACCAACCACAUUCCAUGCCAAACCGAGUCAGUGUGGGUGAGAGCGUGCGUCAGUGGGGCGGCGCGGGAUCUCUGAGGGCCGCGUCCGAGUGUGAGCGUGUCGGAGGCAGGCGCUGAGUGGCGGCGGCCGCCGGCCGGGCCGGGUCGGACGCCCUUCCCUGACCGGGCUGGGCCCUGGCGCCGCAGCGCGGCUGCGGGUCCGGCCCCAGCCCACCUGCUGCUGCUCACCCCACACCUCCCUCUUUCCGCCUAACGUCGACGUCUCCUGUCGCUUGCAGCUCUAACCCAUACUGUCCUGUGUCCUGAGGCGGGCGUCGCCUCUCUCCGCUGUGGCUUCCGCUAUCGCUACCGGUCGCCACUGAGCCCGGCGUCCGAUCCGCUCCCGCCGGUGGUGGCCAGCCCGUCUGCCGUUGUGAUGUCGCCGCGCCUGAGGUGCUGAACAAUACACGUGUGCCGGCGCCGGCCGGGGCCUGGA